GCCCGGCUAGGCCGCAGCCCGCGGCGGCUUGCGUGUGGGGGCAGACGUGCACGGGCUUUCCGUCGCUUGUGAAGCUUUCUGUGGGUUUUUGGCUUUGCCUCACCUCUCCAGCACGCUAUUCUUUCACAUUAUUAACGCUCAGAAAAAUCAAGGGGUGAACAUACGCUGCGGUGAAUAACAACGGCCACAAGCCGGCUCUACAGAGGGCCGCAUGAAUGGUUCCCUCAGCUCCCUGAAGGAGCGCCUGGCCUGCAGGAGAUUCUCAGCUUCGGCUUUUACCCAGAUGGAGCACAGGGCCAAAAUGGGGUCAGAAUACAGCUUUCCUCAUCGUGUUCUGGAGACGCACAGUUGGGGCUGUUGAUUCAUAAAUAACUCCUAUAAUAAGACGUCCUAACAGUAUCUAGGACUGCACUAACUGUGUGGGGUGUGCGGGAGGCAGCCAUGCCAAGAAGGAGCAUUUAGCUUCAUCUAAUUCAUGGACUUGCAGGGAGAGAUGAUGUAGUUAUCCCCCAGUAUAGGAAGGAGGGAGAUGCUGGGUUGAUUUCUACUUGGUUCACUUAUAGCUGUUACUACAUCCAAAGCUCUCCAUGCAACUCCCUAUGCUUGCUUUAUUUUCUUCAUACUUUUCCUGUCAGUGGUCCAAGAAGGGGAAGGAAAGUUAAGAAUGUUUUAAUUGGAGAUUUCUCCGGCACUUUGUUUUGCUAACAUGGAUGCAGAUAAGCUCACAGUAGUUAGGAUUCCUUGGAGAGAUGCUGUUGUCUGGCUGCACUUCAGUCUGAAAUCAGUUUCUUGUGUUAUUAGCAAAGAAAUGAGGAAAUCUAAAAAAAAAAACAAAACAAAACAAACAAACAUGUAAGCAAUGUUGACUGAGUGAAUUCUCCAGAGGGGCUUUGUUAGCAUCUUGGACCCCCUCGCUCACAUGGUUAACAUCCCAGCUUUAAUGUGGUGUUCGUCUAAGAAGGAAGGCCAAGAAUGUGUACGGAAAGAGAGACAGCCAGUCAUCAAAUUGGCCUUUCAGCAAAUCCUGAACAUUCAAGGCAAAACGAGGCAAGAAUGAGAGAUGUGGAAAGGACUUCCUGGGGUCAGACCAGUUCAGCUCUGCAGACUUUCUCCUAUGGGAAUCUGUGGGACAGGCGCUGUCAGGAAUGCUGGCUUCUUUGAUGGCAGAUCUAUUUCAUGCCCAGAGGAAGUAUUUCAAGCUUUUAGCACCUGAGGAAUGUGAAUCGCUCAAAGCUACAGCGUAUGCCAUGUUCUUCAUUUGUCCAAUAACUUCACUAUUACAGAACCAACACCUAAAAUAGCCUCCUGUAAAAGCUGAUUAGUUUUGGAAGAUUAAAAGAAAGAUGGAAGUUUCCCCCUCUAUUGGGCAAAAGCAUUUCUUAUGUUUUCCUUGAAAGGAGUGACUUGGAGUCCAUUGUUAGAAAAUCUGGCUAUUGGAGUCCUGGGCUCUGUGGCACACUGCAUGUAUACAGUGCUUGCAAAGUGGUUCCCCACAGCUUCCAGGAUGUGCAGACAGCAGAUCAGCAUGGGAGCAGAAAAAAGCUUAAGGGACAGAUGUCCAGGUUUUCUCCAUGUAAGAGACCAAAACUUUCGUGAUAUUUGUGGAAACAGGAUUUUAUGUUCAGUUAGAAGGACACACAAAGUCAGUUCCCCGCAGUGGCUGCUGACUGGUCACUUGCCGUGGCUACGUGACUCUCACCAGGAUUUGCAAGAGAGCUGCAGAAUUUAAUGGGCCACCUAUUGAAGAAUUGCUGUGGAUGAAGAAGUUCCAAAAAGCAGAGGGAUUUUAUGACAUCCACUCCUGGCCUCCCGUGACAUCCAGUCCUGGUUGCUGCUGCCCACUUCGCUUCAAUUCCCAGUGUGUCUUGUUCAGAGCUAUUCCCAGCCAGUGUCUGUUAGAGGCCUGAAGACAAACGUGGGACGAUGUCGGAGGCACGGCAUGACAGCACGAGCAGUUUACAGCGGAAGAAGCCACCAUGGUUAAAAUUGGACAUCCCGGUGCCGAUGCCCGUGUCGGUGCCAGAAGAGCCGGUGCAGCCAACAAGACGCCAGGCCUUUCUACGAAGCGUGAGCAUGCCUGCUGACAACAGCCGUGUGCCCUCCUUGCCUCAUGAGGUGAGGAGACCGGUGCUACAACGACAGACCUCAAUCACCCAGACCAUCAAGAGCAGACAGGUACGGUUUCAAAGGAGUCAGACCCUGCCUGUUCAGGGGAACCGGGUGGGCAGGAGUUCCCUGAGAAAGCGGCAGUCCCUGCCCCGAUCGUUUUUCAGAGGCACAGCUGACUGGUUUGGAGUAAGCAAAGACAGUGAUGCUACACAGAAAUGGCAGAGAAAGAGCCUUCGCCACUGCAGCCUGCGGUAUGGGAAGCUGAAACCUCAGGUCAUCCGGGAAAUGGACUUGCCCAGUCAGGACAAUAUUUCUCUAACAAGCACAGAAACCCCCCCUCCACUAUACGUUGGGCCCUGCCAGCUGGGCAUGCAGAAGAUCAUAGACCCUUUGGCCCGCGGCCGAGCUUUCCGAAUGGCUGACGACAAUGAUGGCUACAGCAUCCCCCACACACCCAUCACACCAGGAGCCACGUCACUCUGCUCCUUCACCAGCUCACGCUCGGGCUUCAAUCGCCUCCCACGACGGCGGAAACGGGAAUCUGUUGCCAAAAUGAGCUUCCGAGCAGCUGCGGCUCUGGUGAAGGGUCGCUCUGUGAAGGACAGCACACUGAGGAGAGCUCAGCGGCGCAGCUUCACCCCAGCAAGCUUCAUGGAGGAGGAUACAGUGGAUUUUCCAGAUGAGCUCGACACUUCUUUCUUUGCUCGGGAAGGAGUCCUUCAUGAGGAGCUCUCUACUUACCCGGAUGAGGUGUUUGAGUCGCCAUCAGAAGCUGCGGUCAAAGAUACUGAAGUGAAACCUCUAGAUCAGACAGAUCUCACAGGAGGUGCCCUGGACAAAAAUGAGCUUGAAAGAAGCCACUUGCUACUCCCACUGGAGCGAGGCUGGAGAAAACAGAAGGACGGGGGCCUGGCACAGCCCAAAGUCCGCUUGCGGCAGGAGGUGGUGAGCGUCAGCCCACAGAAGCGUGGCCAACGCAUCGCCGUCCCGGUCAGGAAGCUUUUCGCCAAGGAGAAGCGGCCCUACGGCCUGGGGAUGGUGGGGAAGCUGACAAACCGUACCUACCGCAAGCGCAUUGACAGCUAUGUGAAGCGGCAGAUUGAGGACAUGGAUGACCACAGGCCCUUCUUCACGUACUGGGUCACCUUUGUGCAUUCGCUCAUCACCAUCCUUGCUGUGUGCAUCUAUGGCAUUGCCCCUGUGGGGUUCUCACAACAUGAAACUGUUGAUUCAGUUUUGCGAAACAGAGGGGUUUAUGAAAAUGUCAAAUACGUUCAGCAGGAAAACUUCUGGAUCGGCCCCAGUUCAGAGGCCCUGAUCCACCUGGGGGCCAAGUUCUCACCAUGCAUGAGGCAGGACCAGCAAGUGCACAGCUUCAUUAAGGCCAAGCGUGAGAAGGAGAAGCACUCAGCAUGCUGUGUACGAAAUGACAAGUCCGGUUGCGUGCAGACUUCAGAGGAGGAGUGCUCAUCCACCCUGGCUGUGUGGGUGAAGUGGCCCCACCACUCCAGCACACCAAUGCUGGCAGGAAGCAAGAGGCAAUUUGGGUCUGUUUGUCAUCAGGACCCCAGGGUGUGUGAGCAGCCAGCCUCGAUGGAGCCACACGAGUGGCCAGACGACAUCACCAAAUGGCCGAUCUGCACAAAAAACAGUGCUGGGAAUUACACAAACCACCUUCACAUGGACUGCGUGAUUACAGGCAGGCCCUGCUGCAUUGGGACCAAAGGAAGGUGUGAAAUAACUUCCCGGGAGUAUUGUGAAUUUAUGCGGGGCUAUUUCCACGAGGAGGCAACACUUUGUUCUCAGGUUCACUGCAUGGAUGAUGUCUGUGGACUCCUCCCUUUCCUAAAUCCAGAGGUCCCUGACCAGUUCUACCGUCUCUGGCUCUCACUUUUCCUACACGCUGGGAUCCUGCACUGUCUGGUUUCAGUCUGUUUCCAAAUGACGAUCCUGCGGGACCUAGAGAAGCUGGCAGGAUGGCACCGCAUCUCUAUCAUCUACCUGCUCAGUGGCAUCACUGGGAACCUUGCCAGUGCAAUAUUUCUACCCUACAGAGCAGAGGUUGGCCCUGCAGGAUCCCAGUUUGGGAUUCUGGCUUGUCUCUUUGUGGAGCUCUUCCAGAGUUGGCAAAUCCUGGCACGGCCGUGGAGGGCUUUCUUCAAACUGCUGGCUGUGGUGCUCUUUCUUUUUGCCUUUGGCCUCCUGCCUUGGAUUGAUAAUUUUGCUCACAUUUCAGGAUUCAUCAGUGGUUUCUUCCUCUCCUUUGCCUUCCUGCCCUACAUUAGCUUCGGGAAGUUCGAUUUGUAUAGGAAGCGAUGCCAAAUUAUUGUUUUCCAGCUCAUCUUCAUUGCACUCUUCUCAGGACUUGUGAUUCUGUUCUAUUUCUACCCCAUCAAGUGCGAGUGGUGCGAGUUCCUCACUUGUAUACCAUUCACGGACAAAUUCUGCGAGAAAUACGACCUGGAUGCACAGCUUCACUGAAAGGCAAAGACUGCCUUCUCAAGCAGGCACUGGAGAUGGACUGUCUUUGCAUUUACUGUGCUGGCUCCACAUGGACAAAGCUUCUAAUCCAAUGACACUUCUAACCAGGGCUGUGGUUAAUUUAAACCGUCUCUAGCACUCAGCAGGCGUGGUUUGCCUUAUCAGAAGACUCUGAACGGAACGUUGGUGCCUUGUUCAAUUGUAUUGAACCUCUUCUGCUGCCAUUAUUUUUAUUACACUAGUUUCAAUACUACAUUUUUAACUAGAGUUAUUUACUACUGCUAAGGUGGUGAUUAAAUGGAAAGGUAGCGUUUUAGCUACUGCUAAUUGUUUUGCAUA